GGCCCUCAGUUGGGUGGCGGUCCAACCUUGUUGUGAGCUGGGCAGUUCAGAGCAUCCCGUUGCGGACAGGGAGGGGGUGUGGGGGUGAGGGGGUGAGAGAGGGCUUACCGGGAACCGGGGAGGAGACAGAGGAAGGGGUGAGGGGGUGUUUGCACAGCCUCGGACAGCUGCGGGUGUUUGGUGGGGGGAAGAGGGAAAGCCCGGGUGUCCGCACACGGACGGCCCCAGGAUGUGCCCAGCGGCCUGGACACACUCGCUGUAAAAAUCCACUCUUCAAGGCGAAACUUCCAAGCUAGCCGGCCCAGGAGAAACCAUGAAGAAGCAGUUUAAUCGGAUGCGGCAGCUCGCCAGCCAGACUGUGGGAAGAGCUGAGAAGACUGAGGUGUUGAGUGAGGACCUUUUGCAGAUUGAGAAACGCAUGGAUGCAAUAAGAAUAAUUUCCCACAAUGCCCACAAACGACUCGCUGCAUGCUUGCAGGUUCAGCAAGGUGUAGAAGUGGAGAAAAGACAGAAAAAGUUGCCAUUGAUGGCUCUCUCCCAAAGUAUGCAGGAGGGAAUUGCCUUAAUAGGAGAUGACUCUCUCAUUACGAAAUUGCUGGAAACAUGCAGUGAAGCAGAACAUAAACUGGCGUUUGAACUUGCCUCCUAUGAAUCUCAAAUUGAGAGAGAUAUCCUUGAUCCAUUCAAUAACCUGGCAGAAGUGGAGAUUCCUAACAUUCAAAAGCAGAGGAAGCAAUUGGCUAAACUAGUACUAGACUGGGACUCGGCAAAAAUGCGGUAUAAUCAAGCAAACAAAGCUGCAUUUUCAGGAGGCAAUUUCCCAGCAAUAGCAGCAAAAGUUGACUCACUGAGGGAGGAAAUGGAUGAAGCUGGAAAUAAAGUGGAGCUGUGUAAGGAUCAACUUGCAGCUGAUAUGUACAACUUCAGUUCCAAAGAAAGUGAUUAUGCAAGAUAUUUUGUAACGUUAUUAGAAGCGCAAGCAGAUUACCAUAGAAAAUCACUAAAAGUCCUAGAGGGCGUUCUCCCUACAAUCCAAAACCAGCAAGAUACAUGGACAGAGAAGCCUGCAUUUGGAACAGCAUUAGAUGAACAUCUCAAACGUAGUGGUCGUGAGAUAGCACUCCCUAUCGAGGCAUGUGUAAUGAUGCUGUUGGAAACUGGUAUGAAAGAGGAGGGGCUGUUCCGGAUUGCUGCUGGAGCCUCUAAACUGAAAAAGCUAAAAGCUGCAUUGGACUGCUCUGCUUCACAGCUGGAUGAAUUCUAUUCUGAUCAACAUGCUGUGGCAGGUGCCUUGAAAUCAUAUCUGAGAGAGCUACCAGAACCUUUAAUGACAUACCAGCUCUAUGAUGAAUGGGUCCAGGCUGCAAGCGUACCAGACAUGGACAAGAAGUUACAAGCCCUCUGGCUAACUUGUAGCAAAAUGCCAAAGUCAAACAAUUCCAACUUCAGGUAUCUUAUAAAAUUUCUCGCAAAGCUUGCGCAACAUAGUGACGUCAACAAAAUGACUCCUAGCAACAUUGCAAUUGUGUUGGGGCCCAAUCUACUGUGGGCUAAGAAUGAAGGAGCACUUGCAGACAUGGCAGCAGCUACCUCAGUUCAUGUAGUUACAAUCAUUGAGCCAAUAAUCCAACAUGCGGACUGGUUCUUCCCAGAUGACUUGGAUUUCAAUGUGUCAGGCAUGUUUACACCAAUGACUCCUGCCAAUCACUUUAAUAAUCUGCCGUUGUUUGGAAAUGACUGUGAUAGUAGCACACUGGAGAGGAAGAGGCCUGUAAGUGUGGCUGCAGUUGAAGAUAUGGCUAAAAAAGACAGCUUGGGUCUAAAGGUUAUUGAACCUCAAUUGAAUCCUCGCAGAGCUGGCACUCUGAUCAGGAAGCACACAUGCCCAACUGUCCAGCCGCCUCCCCCUCCUGUUGAGGCUGUACAUAUUAGUGAGCAGCAGCCAUCAGGGUUGGGCCCUGACUCUGGCCCAGCAGCUGCUGCUCUUCCUACUACUGCUAGUGUGACUGAGCUUCAACCUCAAGAAACUGAUGAACACAGUCCUUCAAAGUCCAAAGAGCCUGCUAACACUCCGCCACUUGUGAGAAAUGAUGCUAGCACAGCCAGUGCAGGACCGAGCCUGUCACAACCAACUGGCACGGGGCCCCCUCAACUCAACAUUGCUGCAGGGUCAAAUGCGACUGGUCCUAGUCCACAUGUAGUCAGAAGAGCAACGAAAAAGCCUGCCCCCGCUCCUCCAAAGCCUACAAAUCCACCUCCUGGGCAACCUGUAGGUCAUGGAACUAACCUGCUUGCUAGCCAAGCUUCCGUGCAUUCACCAAAGCAGCCUAACCAAGUUGCCAGUCCUUCUCUGAGUCAACCUGGAAACUGGAGUCCUGUUCAAUCCCAUGGACAGUCAGUUUCUCAACCUACGAUCCAGCCACGCAGGCAUUCUAGUAAUCAAAUGGUUAUUCAUGCCCCCAGUCACCCCCCACCUCAACCUCCAGCACAGCCUAUCAAUCCUUAUCCAUGUAAAGCACCUUGUGAGCAAGUGACAGAUCAGUCCUCCAAUAGCCCACCUGACACACCAACUCCUCCCAGCACCCCUCCAUUAGGAUCUCACAAUACAAGCUUCCAUCUAAAUCAGCAUUUCCCACAUGGCCAGGUCUCCCCAGCAAAUCAGGACCUGCAGCCCCAACAUUCGCUUCCUCCACAGUUUGCCACCUUGCCGAGGGCACGGCCGGUACCAAAGCCAAGAAAUCGACCCAGUGUUCCACCACCUCCGCAGCCACCUGUAACAUCCCCUGCAGCAAACUGUUCCAGUCCUGCAGAGCAAGCGUUGCCAAAUGUGGCAACUACAGCUUCAAAAAUGGUUACUGGUUUGGGAGGAGACUCUGCGGCGAGGUUGGUAGAUUUCAAACCGUUUGCACUAGCAACUAGUCUUGCUGUUGCUCGCUGGGCAGUGCUUUGUCAAAGUUGUGUCUGACAUGCUUUUGAUUCAUGCUAAAAUUAGUGCCUCAUUUUUUUGUUUGCAGCAUCUGUGUGCAAAGUAAACCCCAACACUUAGAGGUUAAGUUCCUCCACGUUCAUACUCUUCUCUUGUUUCCCUUUAGAAUAAUUUCACAGGAGACAGUAAUGAAAGACUUGUUUAUGUGACUCUCAACAUGAAUUGCUAUGUUUAGUUCCAACUUAAUUUAUAGCACUACCCUUUCUCUCAAUAACUGUGUGGGGGGUAACAUUGCAAUUGUGAAAAAGUAAAGUGACCUGGCCAUGGGGAGGGGCAAAAGAGAAAAGUGAAGUUGUACAACCUGCCCCACAAAAUGCAAGCCUCCAAGAAAGAAAUUGUCUUCAACAUUGUAACCUAGAAUACUGGAAAUGUUGCAUUUUAUUGUCAAGUAAUGGGAGUCAAUUCAAAUGUAAAAUCAAAAGAGGUCUGAGAUCCCUAUAUCAACGUCAUGUAAGAGUCUUGUGAUGAAGAGUGGGACAGUGCCAUGUCAUCAUUAGAGAAUCGCAGAGAUGUUAUUUUCCAUCUCUCUUCCCUUCGUCUUCCUCCUCCUCCUUCCACUCCGCCAUACACCAAAAAAGCUCAUCUACUCCAUGCCAAACUCAACACGACUGAUAAGCCUGGACAAGUCAAGGUUAUAGCGUGAUUCAGAUAGACUGGAUAAGUCCCAACUUCGCUCUUGGGCAAGUUUAGGCAUAAUCCGUCUUAACUGCAUGGCAAUACAAGAUUCAAUGUCCUGCAGGUCCCACUGAAAAUUUGAAUAACUGCACAAGAAUUUGGAUGGAUGCAAUCCUUAGAAUGCCACAGAUCAAGAUUAGCUGUUUGGGCAAACCAAUAGUGUCAAUACUGGCUAAAGAACUAAAACAAAACAGAGUUUUGUAUUUAUAUAGUGCCUUUGUGGAGAAAAAAAUGUCGAAGUGUUUCACAAACUCUGAAGCAAUGUGGGCACUAAGGAAAAGAAAAAUGCUUGGGUUUUACAGAGGCCAUGCAAAUGAAGAUGCUGUGGGUUUUAGGAAGGAUGUUGGAGUGAGACCUAGGUGAUGGAAGAGACAACAGCCACUGACAAUGAAUGGGGCGUGCAAGAUGCCAGGGAAAGGUUCAAGGAAGUAUUGGUGAACUGGAAAACAUUACAGAGAUUUAGAUAGUGUUGAUCUUUGACCUUGAAAUAAAAAGAUCAGAACUUUAAAUUUGAACAUAUAAGAACUCAGAGUCAAUGUAAUUCAGCAAAAGUGUAGGUGUGCGAUUGGCACUUGGAGCAGAUCUUAUUCAAGGAUUGGGGAAAAAUAGCUGAUAUUGAAUGAAGGCUACAGUCCAGGGUAGUGUUGGUUGGGUCAUAAGGUCGUAGUAUAGUGAGAGGAUAAAAUGCUUUACAGCUAAUGAAAUACUUUUUGAAGUGGAGCUACCUUUUUAAUAUAGUGUGCUGUGAUGAUACAUUUCAGUGAAUUUGAAAACUUGGAUUCUUUCUCUAAAAUUUGUGUGUUGAAUCUCCUAUCCUGUCUUGAACUAAUCAAGAGAAUGUAAUUCCACUGUAACCACAUACAUGCUAGUCUGGGCAACAGUCUUUGGAUUGGAUGGGCAGCAGUGUCAGUUGUGUGGGAGCCUAAAGGGAUACAAGCUGUUUUAGAGCUGUUUGUAAUUAUAGUAAUAUUCACCAUGUAUGCAGUUUGCAUGAAGAUAUUAGAGCAUGCAUGUUCUAAUAUUAUUUGGUACUCCUUUCUUCAAGAAAGAAUUGUGUAAUCUGCUUCCUCUGGGCAUGUGACCUUGCCAACUUUGUGUAUUUUGUGUACCCCGUAGCUUCAGUUGCAACCAAAUAGCUUUUGUGUCUGGACUCUGAUAUACACACUGCUUGGUAAUACAGUCUUUCCAUACGAUGGCAGUAGUGCCAAAUUAAAACAAAUCCGAUGAGUUCGUUUGUAAAAACUUCAACUUUUGACAUGUUAGCAUUUUUUUAAGUUAGUUUGACAACUCUGGAAUUAUAUUUGUGGGGGAAUAAAGAUCAGAGAAUUGUGAUAACAAGGU